CAGAGGCCGUCCAUAAGAUGCCACUGACAAUGAUUUUGUGCUAAUUAUUGGAUACCCCAAAUUGGUUAGAGCUGUCGUUUGGCUAAAUAAAGGCAGACAUUAUAAGCCACUUGGCACAAACCAUUUUGGGCCCAAGUCACUGCCUUUUUUUAGUAUUCAAAUUGCAAAGAAUUCAUUCAGAAGAAAGUUUAGCCAUGGAAAGAGCAUUGGAAUGGUUAAGGCCACUUGUUGAUUCCAACAAUUGGGAAUAUUGUGUUGUUUGGAAGUUGGGUGAUGACCCUUCUAGGUUUAUAGAAUGGAUAGGAUGUUGCUGUUCUGGAGCUAAAGGAGUUGAUGUCAAUGUGAAGAAAGAAAAUGGAGGACAUCUGACAUUCACUACUCUAUGUAGAGAUGGCCAAAUUCAGCAUCCUAUUAGAACAAAGGCUUGUGAGGCUUUAGCUCAUUUUCCUCUUUCUAUUUCCCUUUAUUCUGGGAUUCAGGGAGACGUAGUAACAUCAAAUGAACCAAAAUGGAUUAAUCAUACUGAGGUAUCCAAUUCAAAUUUGUCUCAUGAAUUAAAGGGUACCUUAGUGUUGAUCCCAGUUGCUGGUGGACUGGUUGAGCUCUACAAUUCAAAGCUGAUAUAUAAAGAUCAAAAGACAAUUGAUUUCAUUAUCAAUCGGUUCAAACUUGGUUCAGAAAAAGGCAGUAGUUCCAGCGCAAAGAAAGAAGAUCAAGCUCUUGAUUCCUUUCCCUUUGAGAAAUUGAGCUUUUGUGCUCCUCCCCUUCAUUAUACAAGUGCACCUCUUAUUUCUCAAGUAUCUGAAUCUAGUGCUAAUCCUAGCAUUCAAGGAUCACCCACUGGUUCCAUUCCUUCAAAUGAACUUACCUUGUGUCAUUCAACUUCUGAUCAUCUGUCGCGGAACAUACCUUUAAGCCAAUCUAGUGACGGGCAUUUUGAGCACACUGAGCUUCAGUGCAGUGGAAACUUGUCAAGAAUGGAAGGUGCUGUUUUUCCUUGGAACCAAGAAAAUUAUAUAAUUGCAGGAGAUGUCUACCCAAUGGGUAAGAAAAAACAAAGAGGACCAUAUCAGUCGAAGAAUCUUGUCACGGAGAGAAAACGAAGGAACAGAAUUAAAGAUGGUCUUUUUGCUCUUCGAGCUCUAGUUCCCAACAUCUCUAAGAUGGACAAAGUUGCAAUACUUGGAGAUGCAAUCGACUAUAUAAAUGAAUUGCAAGAAAAAGUGAAGUUAUAUCAAGCUGAACUCAAUGAAAUAGCAGCAGGAGUUUCCAACAAUGAAAGUUCUGAAGUGGUUCUAUCAGACGUGAGUGAAAUGUCCAAAGUUACCGGACCAGCAAAUGAGAAAACACAAAUUUCACUUAAUACAACUAAAAGGACAAGAAUGGAGGGGCAAGUGGAAGUGAACCAAAUUGGUGCAAGACAGUUCUUGUUGAAGGUCUUUGGAUCACAUAAACCCGGAGGAUUUACUCAGUUGUUGGAGGCUAUGAAUUCCUUAGGACUUGAAGUAGUAAAUACGAAUUUUACCACUUCUGGAGAGGAGAUGUUGAGCAUUUUCAUAGCAAGGCCAAAUGAGGACAGAGUUGUUGAAGCACAACAGCUGAGAUCCUCACUUAUUGAGCUGAUAACUUUUUGUGGAGCUAUAUAUUCUGCUUAGCUUGUAGAUCAAUCAUUUGACUUAUUAGCUACAUAGCUUCUACAGACAAAUCAUUUGACUAUGUAUAAAGAUAGAGGAUAAUCUCGACUUUUGAACUAUAUAUAUGAAUUGAAAAUUGAAAUCUAGGAUUGUACUAUAUAAUUUGGUAUAAAUAUUCA